GGAUGCACCUGAAUCCGCCCGUUCCCGCCCGAAUCCGAACCACCUCCCCUCUCGCCUUCCGCCACCUCCGCCGCUUCCUCACCCGCCUCCUCGUCUCCGGCGAAAUCCACCGCGUCUCCUCCCUCCGCCGCGUCACUGAUCUGCUUGCUCUAUCCUCGGACCACCCUUCCUCCCCCCUCAUCUCCCGCCCACUCGCCCGCCUCUACUUCCAUCUCUUCCCCUCCUCCACCACCUUCCUCUACAACCUACUCAUCCGCGCCUUCUCCGGCAGCCGGCGCCAUCCCGGGGAGUCUCUGUCCUCCUUCGUUUCCCUCCUCUUCUCCUCCUCGCUCCCCGACCGCUUCACGUUCCCUUGUCUCGCCAAGGCAGCCUGCCGCCUUCCCUCCCCCGCCGAAGGCACCCAAAUUCACUCCCAGGUGCUCAGACGAGGUUUUGAAUCUGACAUCUACGUGCUCAAUACGCUUCUUUCGAUGUACUCAACGUUCAAGGACAUGGUCUCGGCGCAGAGGCUCUUCGACUCGAGCUCUCUAUCGGUGGACGUCGUCUCCUGGAACACAAUCAUCGACGGGCAUAUCAAAGUCGGCGACUUGGAGGCCGCGCGUAAGCUGUUCGAUGGAAUGCCUGCCAAAAACGAGGUGUCCUGGAGCUCCAUCAUAAGUGGCUACGUAGGAAGAGGCGAGUUGGACAUCGCACGAUCGUUGUUCGAUAAAAUGCCGGUGCAGCGGAAUGUUGUCACCUGGAAUUCCAUGGUGUCUGGGUUCGCAAGGCAGGGGUUGUUGCCGGUCGCCAGGAAGAUGUUCGACGAUAUGCCCGUUAGGAAUGUUAUAUCAUGGAAUUCGAUGGUCUCUGGCUACGCAUUGAACGGGGAGAUGGAUGCUGCAAGGGAAUUGUUCGUUCAAAUGCCAGAAAGGGAUGUUGUGUCCUGGAGUUGCAUGAUUUCAGGGUAUGUACAAAGUAAUCGAUUUGCAGAGGCAUUAUAUCUCUUCAAAGAGAUGCAAAUUGACAAUUUGAUAAAACCCAAUGAAGUAACUAUGGUCAGUGUCCUCUCAGCUUGUGCGCACCUUGUAGCUCUGGAGCAAGGCAAGUGGGUCCAUGCUUACAUAGACAAGAACCACAUGCCUCUCGACAAUGAGCACAAUCUCGGAGCUGCUCUGAUCGAUAUGUAUGCUAAGUGUGGAAGCAUCGAGACUGCGCUGAAAGUGUUUGAAUCUUUGCGUCGACGCAAUGUUUCUAGUUGGAAUGCUUUGAUAACAGGUUUGGCUGUUAAUGGGCUAGCUCGUGAAUCACUUUAUGCAUUUCAGCAGAUGCUGCGAUAUGAUCUGAAACCCAAUGAUGUAACCUUUCUUGGUGUACUAAUGGCCUGUGUUCACGGAGGGUUGGUAUGUGAGGGGCGCCAAUAUUUUGAGAGAAUGAGAACGGUAUACGGUAUUCAACCUGAAAUGAAACAUUACGGAUGCUUGGUUGAUCUAUUAGGUAGAGCUGGACUGUUGGAAGAAGCAGAAGGUGUAGUCAGAAGUAUGCCGAUGAAACCGGACAUCAUGGUAUUGGGAGCUUUGCUCGGUGCUUGUAGGAUUUAUAGAGAUGUAGCAGCUGCUGAUCGACUAAAGAUAGACGUUCUCCAGUUGAAGGCCAAGCAGUCUGGCUGCCAUGUUUUGCUUUCGAAUAUAUUUGCUACUGCAGGUCGGUGGGCUGAUGCUUUCGAGAUGAGGAACUCACUGAAGAAGACUGGUAUAAAAAAGCUUCCUGGUUCUAGUUCUGUCGAACUAAAUGGAAUUGUGUGUUAGUUCGUUUUCACCUGGUGUCUGAUGAAUGCCACCUUCAAAUUUUCUGGACCAGCAUACUCGAUAUUGAUUCAUUUCUCAUGGAUAGAAAUCUUAUCAUUCAAUCUGAUUUCUGAUUUUCUUAGCAAUUUGGUGUGAACACUGAAGAUAAUCCUGAGUAAGUGUAACUCGAGGAUUUGACAUUUGAAGUUUGAAUUCAUACUUUUCUUCUUUACCGAUGUUCUCUAGGCGAAAGAAGAGUUUCCUGCGAGGGAAAAUACAGAAAAGAAAAUUAAUUGUCAGCCCAAUUUGCGUAUGAUGGUACAACUGAAAAGAUGCUGAUUUGUUGCUCACAGAAAUCAUUGAACUGAGAUUUUGCCAUCAUAGAAGAUUGGGAAGUUUCCAAAACAUGCAAGUCCAGUCUAAAUCUGCCAUGGCAGGUUCGAGAGAGCUGCUGUUUAGGGAAGGCAUAACCUUCAAUUUUCUGCUGCAACAACUAAUAUGGUUGACAAAGGCUAAAAAGCCAGAUCAGUUAGUGAACUUGCACUGUGUGAAGAGAUGAUCUUUGCUUUCGUCUCAAUGUCGAGCUACUACAGAAACAAUUUUAUCCAGAUAGUUCUUCAUCAUGUCUGUUAUAUAGUCGAAUCCUGUUUACUACAUGACUUAUUAUUACAGAUUGCUUGUAUCUCCUUUCUCUAAGACUUUAGAAGUAUG